AUGGGUCAAGAGAACUGGGACGGGUUGUGCCCUGGCGUCUUCCUAAACGACUUGGAAGUUCUUCGCUGCGGGGGCCCUUGGCUCGCCCCCCUCACCCCCACCCCGCAACCACCACUGUGCUGGCGUCCUUUAAAAACGGUGGAUGAGCUCCGGCAACCGGAGGAGGGGGCGGCCGAGGGCGCAGGCUCGCAGCCUCGGCCGCUCGGAGCCGCGCCCUCCGCUGACCCCAGGGCGAGGCGCACGGAGCUUGGGGCCCGGAGAGGGCGGGGCGGCGGGAGGCCGCGCACCGGCCCGCCCCUGGAGCCCGGCCCCUCCCCGCCGCCCCGCCGCCCCGUCGCCGCCGGCGCCGAGCUGACCUCCGGGCCCGGUCAAACACUAUUCAAGGUAGUAAUCAAAUCUCUUUCACCUAAAGAGUUAGUCCGGAUUCACGUCCCCAAACCUUUGGACAGGAAUGACGGGACAUUUUUGGUGCGAUAUAGGAUGUAUGAAACUGUCAGUGAAGGGCUGAAGAUAGAGGUCCUUUAUGGUGAUGAACAUGUGGCUCAGUCUCCCUAUAUUUUGAAAGGACCAGUGUACCAUGAGUACUGUGAGUGUCCAGAAGAGGAUCCUCAGGCCUGGCAAAAAACUCUGUCUUGUCCAACCAAGGAACCACAGAUUGCAAAAGAUUUCGCUUCUUUCCCCAGCAUCAAUCUCCAGCAGAUGUUAAAUGAAGUUCCGAAAAGGUUUGGGGAUGAAAGGGGUGCCAUUGUCCAUUACACGAUUCUCAACAACCACAUCUACCGGAGAUCUUUAGGGAAAUACACAGACUUCAAAAUGUUCUCAGAUGAGAUUUUGCUGUCACUGGCAAGAAAGGUCCUUCUCCCCGAUAUAGAAUUUUAUAUUAAUCUUGGAGAUUGGCCUCUGGAGCAUCGAAAAGUCAAUGAAAGCCCUGGCCCUUUGCCUAUCAUUUCGUGGUGUGGCUCCCUGGAUUCACGAGACAUUAUCCUUCCAACAUAUGACAUCUCCCACUCCACACUGGAAGCAAUGAGGGGUGUCACAAAUGAUCUCCUCUCUAUUCAGGGAAAUACAGGGCCUUCCUGGAUCAAUAAAACAGAAAAAGCUUUCUUCAGAGGUAGAGAUAGCCGAGAAGAGAGACUCCAGUUGGUACAGAUGUCCAAGGAAAACCCAGAGCUCCUAGAUGCAGGAAUUACAGGAUAUUUCUUUUUCCAAGAGAAAGAAAAGGAGCUUGGAAAAGCUAAAUUGAUAGGUUUCUUUGAUUUCUUUAAGUACAAGUAUCAAGUGAAUGUGGAUGGGACUGUGGCUGCGUAUAGAUAUCCGUACCUCAUGCUGGGUGACAGUCUGGUUCUGAAGCAGGACUCAACAUACUAUGAACAUUUCUAUAUGGCACUAAAGCCUUGGAAACAUUAUGUCCCAAUUAAAAGAAAUCUUAGUGAUUUACUAGAGAAAAUUAAGUGGGCCAAGGAAAAUGAUGAAGAAGCCAAGAAGAUUGCAAAAGAAGGGCAGCUGAGCGCCAGGGACCUGCUGCAGCCACACCGGCUUUACUGCUACUAUUACAGAGUAUUCCGGGAAUAUGCGGAGCGCCAGUCCAGCAAACCGGAAAUACGCGACGGAAUGGAACUUGUUGCUCAGCCUGAUGAUGACACGUCCGUGUGUCAGUGCCACCGGGAAAGACCUUCCAGAGAAGAGCUGUAA